AUGCUGCAGGCUCGUGUGCCGGUUGCUGGUCUCCAGCGGUCCUGCAAAUGCCUCGCAACGCUUGCCUACCGACCGUAUACCACCUCUGCUCCGAAGCAAGAGUCUGCAACAGACUCCAUGUUCGAUGACCUGUCGCUCGCACCACCUCCAAUCCGCGAGAAGGGAGCCAUCAAACUACGAACAUAUACUCCGCGUACACCAGGUCUCAGACAUCUGCGGCGACCGAUAAAUGACCAUUUGUGGAAAGGAAGACCGCUCCAGGAGUUGACCUUCCCGAAAAAGGGUCAAGGAAAGGGUGGGCGAAACAGCACUGGACGAGUCACCGUUCGUCACCGAGGAGGUGGUCACAAGCGAAGAAUACGCAUGGUCGACUUCCACCGGAACGAGCCUGGUCCUCAUGUCGUGGAGAGAGUUGAGCACGAUCCCGGCCGGACAGCGCAUAUUGCUCUUGUGAAAUCCAAGUUUACGAAGAAAUUGACCUAUAUUCUUGCACCGGAGGGGAUGAGAGCGGGAGAUGUCGUCGAGAGUUAUCGUCCAGGUAUUCCGGAUGAGCUAUGGGAGAGUAUGGGUAAUACCAUCGAUCCCGGCGUGUUGGCGGCCAAAACAGUACGGCGAGGGAACUGCUUGCCCUUGAACAUGAUCCCCGUUGGCACAUUUAUCUUCAACAUCGGUCUGCAUGAGGGGAAAGGUGCCCAGCUCUGCCGUGGUGCCGGAACAUACGGCAUCUUGGUAUCGAAGCCUGGAAAAGCGCCACCUCCGUGGGAGGAAGUCAAGCCCAAACUUGCGAAGGAGGAAUCGAAGGAACAAGUGGUCGAGGGUGGAGAGGCCAAGGAAGCUGAGACUAAAGCCUCAUCCGCAGCCGCAGCUGAAGCUGAAGCUGAAGCCGAAGAAGCCAGCCACGAGGAGGAGGUCAGCGAGGAAACGCCCCUCACGGAGGUAGAAUGGAAGAGACUGCAGAAACUCUCUACACACGUCAACGUCCGUCUACAGAGUGGUGAAGUCCGACUUAUCCACAAGGAUUGCCCUGCCACCAUUGGAAUUGCCAGUAACGUCAACAAGAAGUACGCUCAGCUCGGUAAGGCCGGUCGAAAGCGUUGGUUGAACAUCCGUCCAACCGUUCGUGGUGUUGCCAUGAACGCAAAGGACCAUCCUCACGGAGGUGGUAGAGGAAAGUCCAAGGGUGGUGUCCAUCCCAAGAGUCCCUGGGGUCUACCGGCCAAAUCCGGUUACAAGACGAGAAUUAAAGCGAACAUCAACAGGGAUGUCACUACCCCCAGAGUCCCACCUCAUGCCGCCACAACUCUCCGUCUGCGCUCGGCAACAAGCGACAGUCGCGUCUACUUGAUCUCCGCUCCCUGCAAUCCCCCGCCAGCCUCCGUCACAUCCGCUGUAGCCAAGUGGCUUUCCGACUCCGCUCCGCCUCCCGCCCCCCGCUCAAUUAGCCACCGAGGAGGAGAGAGGACUACUCUCAUGUCCAACGCAGCCAUGCCGGGCAAUAAUGAGCAGACCGGUGCAGCGGCCACUGCAGGCGCGGCCCCUGGCUCAGGCGGGCGUGCUGAGUCGCCGGGUGCGCAGGAAGGGAACCCAGGGUAUAUACCGAGACCGAAGCGCAUCGCAUGCGUAGUCUGCAGGAAGAGAAAACUUCGAUGCGAUGGGACGAAACCGAGCUGUGGAAACUGUUCGAGACUGGGUCAUGAGUGUGCUUACAAUGAAGUGAGGAAGAAGAGCGGGCCGAAGAGAGGAUAUGUCAAGCAUCUGGAGGCACGACUGGCCCAGGUUGAGACUCUCUUAAAGGGCGUUGACUCUGCUGAAACCAGUCGAGCGUCUCCUCCGACGAGAUCGUUUGAUGGUCAUAAUGCAGCACCGCAAGCGCUACCACAGUCCCGACUACCUAACAUUCCUGGUAUCCCAAAAUCGGUGGAAGCUGAUCCAAACCUAUCUCUCGAUGGCAUGGAUAUGUUUGGAGAUAUCGGGGAUAUCCUGCCGCCGCCACCUGUCUUCCCUGGAUCUAACACCGCUCCUCCAUCCGACUUCUCAUGGGAAAUGAUCGGUCUGGGACUAGAAGAGCCUCUGCCGAGCCAGGAGGUGAUAGAUGAACUGGAUGAAAUAUAUUUCCAGAAAAUACACCGAACAGUUCCAAUGAUACAUAAACCACGAUAUUACGCUGCAAUGAAUCUUGCACCUUCAAUGCGACCUCCGGUAUGUCUACGGUACGCAAUGUGGGCCCAUGCAGCUGCUGCCACGGAUAAAUACAUGGACGUUCAUAUCCAUUUCUACAAUCGAGCUCGCAAAUACUAUGAGCUGGACCAAAUGAAAGGCCUAGGUGAAAACAUAAUUUCAGUCGCCCAUGCCCAAUGCUUAUUAUUGGUUGGAUGCUAUGAGUUCAAGAUGAUGUUUUUCCCAAGAGCGUGGAUGAGCACAGGUGCCGCAAUGAGGUUAUGCUUGAUGAUGGGUCUGAAUAGGCAGGACGGUUACGGUCUGGAUGUUAAACAAUGCUUGCCACCAGCCAGGGACUGGACAGAGCGCGAAGAGAGAAGACGAACGUUUUGGGGAGCAUUCUGUCAAGAUCGAUAUGCGUCUGCCGGUACUGGUUGGCCCAUGAUUGUCGACGAGAGAGAUAUCUUGACCAACCUACCUUCAACCGAAGAGGCGUUCGUCAACUGCAGGGAGCAACCGACCCCAUCCCUCGCAGAGGUUAUAUCUGGUCAAGAAACCGGGUCCCUAUCACCAUAUGCCGCCACUAUAUUGCUAGCGUGCAUGUUCGGACGAAACCUCCAUCACCUUCACCGUGUGACUGCCAAUGAUAAGGACCAUGAUCUACACGGUGAAUUCUGGAAACGACAUCGUGCUCUUGACAACAUUCUACUUCAUACAUCGCUCUCCCUCCCCAACCACCUUCGUCUACCAGAUGGGAUUCACGAUCCCGAAAUUAUAUUCUGCAAUAUGUGUAUCCACACCUCGACAAUAUGCCUUCACCAAGCGGCAAUCCACAAAGCCGAGAAGCACGAUAUGCCUGCCACGAUCUCUACUGAGAGUAAGCGGCGAUGCAUAAUUGCUGCAGAUCAAAUAACCAAUAUCAUGAAACUGGUGUCUCAUGUUGACCUAACAACCCUUAAUCCCUUCCUUGUAUUCUGUCUAUAUGUUGCCGCCAGGGUUUUUGUUCAAUACCUCAAGUCCAGACCGCAAGACCAAGCCAUUCGGUCGUCCCUACAGUUCCUGCUUUCAGCUAUGAACGCCCUCAAGAGAAACAUCCCACUAGCUGAAUCUUUCCUUGUACAGUUAGACGUCGAUCUUGAGGGAAGCGGCCUGGUUACUGAGGAGGGUGUGUCGAGGUUCUCUUAUAGCGCAAUGCAAAGAAGCCCAGAGGAUGACGCACGGAAAAGUGCCCUUCGAGCCGUUCGCUCCCAGUUUGAAAAGUGUGCUAUUGGUAUCAUUGAUAUUGCCCGUUUGGAUAAACCUGAUCAUGUCCGGAACGGGUCUUCAGAAUCUCCAGAGAACAGUUCACCAUCUGAUCCACAAGGCGGACCUCAUUCAAGCCGGCCGAAACCAUCUACAAAACAGCCUCAUCACCCACAAUCCCAAACAUAUGGACUAGAUAUGCCAGCAACAAUACCUGAUCUAAGGAUGCCUCCCACACAAGACGACCAGUUCAGAUUCAUGGAUUUCGAUAUGGAUGUCUCAGCAGGCGGAACUAGUGCUGGAAGCGAACGACAUCUUUCCUGUUCCGACAACCCUAGCCCAAAUACAAACAAGUCCUCAAACAGCUCAUUCUCCCCAGCCCAUCUAGAUCAACCUUCUCCUAAACAAAGCCUACACAACCAACAGCCGCUACCACAACAUUUUCCGUCUUCAAUAUCAUACACAGCCAACAAAUCCGGCGCUAAUUUUGGAGCUGAUAUACGCAAUCACGAUAAAUCUAAUACUUUACCCUUUUCAAGAGACUUUCCAGUCACCUCUUCUGGGUCUCAGUUACCGCACCAAGAACUCUUUACCUUACCAGAUGGAUGGGAUUUUAUGCAACAGCCAUCUAGGCAGACCGAGUCAGAUUUAAUACCUCCUACCCCAUCUUCGUCUACCAUGGAGGCAAUAAUAUCCUCGCUUGAGGAGGUUCCAUGGGCACAAUCUCCUAACGCUUUCAAUUCCAGCGCAUGGAAUCGGUAA